UUUGGCGGCACCAGACGCGGGAGACUCUCUCUCUCCUCUCUCCCACUCUCUCUCUCUCUCUUUCUUUGUUUUUUCGCUAGAUUUCAUCACUUCUUUAAAAAAAAAAAUUUCCAAUCCGAGUAUGGAGAAAAAUCAAAUACGAAGAUUUAGCUGCUAAAUUCACUGCGAUAACAAAGUCAAUAAACCCAUCACCCAUCUUCUCUCCUUUCCAUUUUUAUACCUUCCUUUGAUGUGUACGGACACACCGAAUAAGGUUUCUUCUAUCUCCGCCGCCGCCUCCUCCUCCGUCGUCUUCUUUAAAUGGGUGAGCCCAGUGGUGCCAGAGACAGUCUCGCUCUCUCCAAUCUCCUUCUCUGCCACGAAUCCGAGUCCUCUCUAAACGAAGAGGAACACGAUGUGACGAAUCCCAGGAGAUCUGAGGAGCCUCACUGUUUCGCCACGAUCGGAGACGACGAUGAAGAUUAUGUGGCGGAGCUAGUUCGCAAAGAGAAUCGGCGAUUCGAAGCCGAACCCACGAAAACGACGUCGUCUUUUGACAGAUUGAUUGCAAUCGAUUGGAUUCUCACUACGAGAACGAGAUUCGGAUUCCAACAUCAAACAGCAUACAUUGCGAUUUCAUACUUCGAUCUGUUUCUCGAGAGAAGAUUCAUCGGUAGAGACGAAUCAUGGGCGGUUCGAUUGUUAUCAGUAGCUUGUUUAUCACUAGCAGCGAAAAUGGAGGAACGAAUUGUUCCUGGAUUAUCACAAUACCCACAAGAUCAAGACUUCGUUUUUAAACCCGAUGUGAUUCGUAAAACUGAAUUGAUGAUCUUAUCGACAUUGGAUUGGAAACUGAACUUAAUCACUCCUUUUCAUUACUUGAACUACUUCGUUGCUAAAAUCUCUCGAGAACAAGACCAAUCUGUUUCUAAAGAGUUGGUCUUGUUAAGAUCAUCUGAAUCUCUUCUCGUUCUAACCAAAGAGAUAAGCUUUACGGAUUAUCGACAGUUCGUUGUUGCUGCUGCUACGAUAAUGUUGGCUUCUUCUACUUCAUCGGAUAUUAGAUUGACGAGAGAAGAAAUGGCGAACAAGUUUGGAUCAAUCUCGUGGUGGACUUCUAAUGAGAAUGACAAUGUAUAUUCUUGUUAUCAGAGAAUGCAAGAGAUUGAGGAGAGGAAACAUAUGACACCACCGGAAGUAGCGGUUUCCGACGAUAUACAACCGGCGAUAGGUUCAGGAAGUGGUGCUAAACGCCGACUGUCUUUUGAUGAUUCUGAUCAAACUUCUCCUGCCAAGAGAAUGCGUAGGCUCUGAAGAGGGUUUCUUUCUUCUUGGAGUUUUGGUUAUAAAUUAUAUUGAUUUGGUAAUUUUUUUUGGCAACAUAUUGAUUUGGUUUCUAUAUUCAAUCAUUUAUUAUAGAGAAAAAUGGUCUGAAUACAAUGGUUACUUCAUCUUUUUGAAGUAACUUAUAUAGAGAGGUUCAUAAUAUGGAGGUCUUUGAUGAUUCAUUUUUGUGGUGAAAUUUGACUAUCAAAACAGUAUGGGGCUUUAAUGAGAGAAGCAAGGAAAUAUGAGGACUGAAUGUAAAUAAAUAAGAGAAUCAGAAAGAGUGAAUAGUUUCCAGCCAAUAUAGUUGCAGUGCCAGUGAUUUGGUUUCAUCGGUCUUUUUUUUUUUUCAUGUGAUUUUUACAAAUUUUUUGUCAUGGAAAUUAUCUGUUUCUUGCAUGAAAGUCUGUCAUUUUUCAUCCAUAAACUUUCAAAAGGGAACAUUCAUAGCAAAUGCUAAAUGAAUAAAC